AUGCGAUUUCGCACUCAACUCGUUAACGCUGCAACUUUUUCGAAGUUGACGGCAUCCCUCUCAUCGCUGGGUAAGGUAUGCUGGAUGCGACUGGAAGAUGGAAUCGUUCGAUUUACCAUCAUCCCUGAUCAAGGUACCCAAGUCUGGGCGCAGUUACCCGUGGACGCCAUCUUCGAUGAAACCAGUUAUGUUGUGGAAUCCAACUCCGGGGUUAUCAACCUUGAAGUUCCCGUCGGUGCUCUCCACCGUGCCCUUCGCUCCGCCGUAGCAGCGACGUCAGCCCAACUGCGUCUGACCAAAAAAGGCAACGUCCCUCUCUUGGCUCUUACGAUCCACGCAUCAUCCUGGACCACCGGGUCCAACGCACUAGGGAUCGCUGAAUCUGACCAUGCAGCCAUGACCGGCCCGGCUCUCGGAGGGGAAGAUGCUGGUCGCGCAGGUCAGGCAACCGGUGCGUCCAGACCAGCAGCCGUUUCUGGACCCCGAGAACGCGAGACGGUUAUUACGCAGGAAAUUCCUGUAAAGGUCCUCCAUGAAUCUGCCAUCGAGGGGCUCCAUGAACCGCGAUGUCGUGACCCCGAUGUGCACAUCAUCUUGCCUAGUUUGUUCCAGUUGAAGAGUAUCUCCGAGCGGUUUACUAAGUUGGCGGCCGAUUCCAAGGGUUCUUCGGGUUCUGCGGUUGUGUCUGCUAUUGCGCCUAAACUGGAACUAUCAGCGAACAUGCAUGGAUCGCUGAAGUUGGCGCUCGCCACGGACGCCUUGCGUAUUUCAAGCGUUUGGACGGAUCUGGUGAACCCGUCGCUGGACCCGGGGCAGCUCACUCAGACGGAAAUUGAGCAGCUGCCGAGUGAGCGGAUGAGAGCGCUAAACAAUGAUGAUGAGCCGGUUGGGCGAAAUCCUAAGGUCGUUGCAUGUUUUAUCCAUGAGACGGCCUUGAUACUCUACGUUUACUUGCCGGGGAGCUGGAAUGGAGAAGACUCUUGUUUGACGUAUUACAUCAAUUCUUACGCGGCCUGA